UUUCCUUUUUACAAAUAAUGGCAUUAACUAAAAAGACAUGUGUGAUAUAUUUUCAAAAAAACAUUAGAUUUUCAACUAAUACUUUGUUAUAAUGUACAGGAAAAUAGUAACAAUAAUACGAAAAAUUUAAAACUCUUGAAAUAUAUAAUAUAUAAUUUGACAUUUUUGAUUAGUGACAAGCAGGUCUGGGCAUUGGUAUAUUGCUUUGAAUUUCGUAAAAAGUGUUUGUGGCAGUUGGAGUAAUAUGAAAAAGGUCAUUUUAACAAAAAGCAAUAGUAAAACCUUAAAGAUUACCAGUCCUGAUAACGCUAAAUCUAAAUUGGCCUAUGCAGAGUUAUUUCGUGUAGUACUUCAAAUACCGGAAAAAGAUGUACAACUGCGUAUUUUGGAAGCUGUUAAUGGGAAGUCAUCGACUGCACAGAUUGUACAUGCUUUGUGCCCGAACUGUAAAAAAACAUUUGGUAAUAGUACCGACUCCUUCAAAGAAAAAGCCACUCAAACUGAUAUUACCGAAGAAGUUACACAUUCAGCAAAUCAAGCAAUUAAGAUAAUAACCCUACCACUUCAGACGUCACAGAAUACUUUGCAUUCAAGCCAUGGUGACGGCAGUCAAGAAAGAAACUCACCAGCUUUGCAAAGAAAUGUAAUUUCUACAACAGUAACACGAAAUCAUACGAUAGUACAACAGUCAGUGGAGUCGAAGUCUUCAGGAGAUCAAUUGUCUAAAACUAAUGAUUUAACAGACGCACCCGUGAAAAGGAAACGAAAACGAAAAGUAUGUUUGCCACAAGUGGUAAAAAAAUCACAUGCCCAAAUGGCACAUACUCAACUACAACCCAAACUAAAGGCUAGAAAAAUUGAAAAGAGCCAAGACAUAAAUCAAGCGGCAGCAAAUGAAUUAAAUAGAAGAAGUCGAAGUGACUCGAUAAUAUCUAUUUCAUCUGACAUCUUAAAUGAUAUCAUUUUUGAUUCGCCAGAGCCACAUAAAACAAAAGAAGAACACAUCAUGCGCAAGAUGGCUGAAGAAUUUAUAGAUGCGGACAUACGCACAGAUGGAUUGCUUGCCAUACAUCGCACCAUAGUUGAAAAUGACUUGGAUGCUUUACGAAGGCAAAUAUUCGUUUGGAAGAAAAUUAGAAAAGUGGAAGAUCUAAAUACUUUACUUACCGACGAUGACGAAAACUGCCUCCAGUUAGCAAUAGUUCAAGAUUGCUUCCCUAAAAUAAUCAAUGUUCUUAUAAAUGAGGGUUUGAACACAAAUGAGAUCGAUGACCACUCUAACACCUGCAUUCAUUUAGCUGUUCUUAACGAAAUCGACGAUAAGUCUUUACGUUUGUUAAUGGAAAAGAUAGAUCUAAAACUACUAUUACACUUAAAUGAUGAUGGAUAUACUCCACUACAUAUGGUUGUGCGUACCAAUAGUUACAAUCGGGCAGAAAUCAUUUUAAAUACACUAGAUGAACGGCUUUCUGGGAUAGCUUCAUUUACUCGAGAUUUUAGCGCAAAAUCAUCCGAAAAUGAAUUUAGUAAAUAUUACGAAGACGUUUGUAAGAAACUAGAACAAAAAUAUGGCAAUACAACAAGAAAUGCACAACCGAAGUUGAAGAAGAAAUUUUUGGAGAUGGGCGAUCGAAAAAGUGGGAAUACGGCAUUAUUUUUUGCAAUUGAAAAUAAAUUGGAACAUUUUGUGUUCUUCUUAUUGGCGCAUCUUACUGAUCCUCGUGUUAUGAAUUUUAGCGGUCAAGACGCAAAAUCCUAUUAUGCGGAAUUCGGCAAAAUGUUAAAAUUAAGUUUAAAAGUGGAUAAUGCCAUGGAGAGUGUGGUGACAAUACUGGGGUAAAGCUAAAAAAUAUACCAUUAAUAGAAAA